AUGCUGAGUGUUUUGCGAACCAGAAGUGCCGGCCUAGCUUCGGGCGCGGUCCAAAGUCGACAGGUAGUACUCAAUGGAAGACAAAUAAAGAAUGUUGCAGGAUACAGGCGCCCCUUGACACCGAUUGCGAGCACAAGUCCCGGCAGCAGGAUAUUUCACGUCGAGUACCAACGCAGAUUUGCAUCAACAGCAACAGACAAAGCUGGAGUUCAAUCAACGAGACCCCUUGACGGCAUUACAGUUGUCAGCAUUGAGCAAGCCAUUGCCGCCCCGUUCUGCACUAGACAGCUCGCGGAUCUUGGUGCUCGUGUCAUCAAAGUCGAGAGGCCGGGGGUAGGCGACUUUGCGCGAGACUAUGACACCAGGGUCGACGGACUUGCCUCGCAUUUUGUCUGGACGAACCGAUCCAAGGAGAGCCUGGCACUGGAUCUGAAGCAGCCAAGGGAUCUGGAGAUACUGAAGAAGCUUCUCCACAAGACCGACGUGCUCGUGCAGAACCUGGCCCCGGGCGCUUCUGCCCGACUGGGGCUUUCAUAUGAAACUCUGAAAGACAACCACCCGCGUCUGAUUGUCUGCGACAUAUCUGGCUACGGCCAGGACGGGCCAUACGCGAACAAAAAAGCAUACGACUUGCUCGUCCAGAGCGAAGGAGGGAUGCUCUCCGUCACAGGCACCAAGGACGAACCCGCAAAAGUAGGCAUAUCCAUUGCCGAUAUCUCGGCGGGCAUGUACGCCUACAGCAACAUCCUGGCGGCGUUGAUGCAGCGACAGAGGACUGGGAAGGGAAGCAAGAUUGACAUUUCUUUGCUGGAAAGUCUGGUGGAGUGGAUGAGCUUCCCACUAUAUUAUACUUAUAAAGGUGCGCCGGCACCAACACCGACUGGCGCCUCCCAUGCAGCGAUAUAUCCUUAUGGCCCCUUCGAGACAGGCGAUGGCGGCUCGGUCAUGCUGGGAAUCCAGAACGAACGAGAGUUUGCAAGAUUUUGCGACAUUGUCCUAGACAACCCGAGUUUGGCCAGCGAUGCACGCUUUGUGAACAAUUCUCUCCGUGUGCAGAACCGAGACGAACUGCGAAGUAUUAUCUGCAAGGCUCUGGAGAAGUAUUCAGUGUCCGAGGCUGUCGACAAACUUGACGAGGCACAGAUUGCAAAUGCUGCAGUAAACAACAUGCAGGGCGUCUGGGAGCAUCCUCAGUUGCGCGCCAGACGCCGAUGGACCGAGGUCGAGACGUCCAAAGGCGUGAUUCCGGCACUUUUACCGCCCGGGUGCGUUCCUGAAGGCGAGGACACGGACGGUUUGCGUGCCAGGAUGGACAAGGUUCCAGACAUUGGUGAGCAUAAUGAGAAGAUAUUGAAGGAAUUGGGAAUGUAG